AAACAAUCCAAUUUGUCGAAAUUCUAGAUCUUCCUGUUCGAUGAACAACGCAAUAAAACUCGUUUGCCAAAUCAUUUCGAAGUCAGCAGAAAAUCAACCAUCGCAAGGAAUUGUUCUUAAAAGAAAUCGACACAGCUGUGAGUUAGGAAGCCAGUGAGUUCAAUUCCUGUGAAGGAAAAAGUUUGAAUUUUUAGGCGAGUCACGCGGGAUUAACUAUGCGAUGUAUUUAUGUCUUGUGUUUUGGGCUGGCCGUGAUCAACGCUCAGCCCGGACCUCCUGGACCUCCGGGUCCCCCUGGACCUCCGGGUCCUCCUGGCCCUCCUGGUCGUCCCGGUAGCUCUGCUAAACGUGGUUCCCCGGGUGGCUCUGGUAAACGUGGUUCCCCUGGUACCUCUGGAAAACGUGGUUCCCCUGGUUCACCUGGUAAACCUGGUCCCCCUGGUUCACCUGGUAAACGUGGUCCCCCUGGCCAACCUGGUGGUCGUGGCCGCCGUAGUCUUCUUGGUCCCCUUGGUCCCCCUGGCCCCCCUGGUAUUUCUGUACAUCGUGGUCCUCGCGGUCCCCCUGGUGUUCGUGGUCCCCCUGGUGUUCGUGGUCCCCCUGGUGUUCGUGGUCCCCCUGGUAUUUCUGUACGUCGUGGUCCUCGCGGUCCCCCUGGUCCAUUUAUCAUCCCAUAUUGUCCAUUGAGCGACGAGAUCACAAAAUUUUUGAAGAUAUUUCGUAACAGACAAUUCAGAAUAAAAGGAAAGGCUGGUAGAGAAAAGCGAUCUAAGGGUAGCCGCCUCAGUGGUAGACGCUGGAGUUACGACUGCCUGCACGCGGGUUACAAUUUCGCGGAAGGAAUUUUCGAGUUGCCUAAAUAUGAAUGCUGCAAGGAAUGCGAAUGGCCCAAAUUUUCUGUUUGCAUGGGUAGAUACUUAAGAUCUGGAUCAAGCUUCGCGAGGGCAAGAUGCAACAGCGAGGCUUUACGAUGUAUUACAAUGUGCAUGUGUACGAAAGGAGAGGGAAAAGGUUCAGGUUCUGGGCGGCGGGGACGGCCAGGGCCCCCUGGACAGCCAGGGCCCGUUGGACGUCCUGGACCCCCUGGACGGCCAGGACCCCAGCCACGUCCUUCUGGGUCACGAAAAUGUGAAGUGAAACGCAAAAGUAUUGGAACGUCGUACUGUCUCGAACGGUCAUGUAUCAAGGUGUAGGGUGUGUUGCUUUAUCCGUCAAGUAUGAAUGAUAGUAGACGUUUGUGAAUCGUUAUUCAGACUUAAACGUAACUAAAAGAUUCUCAAGUAAGGCUUGUGUUGUAGACAACAGUGUAUGUUAAAUCUUUUCUACUAAGAAUUUAGUGCUACGAGGAUAUAAAGAACGUGAAUACUUCACGUCUAAGGAGUCAUGUAGAUUAUAUAUCUUCUUAAAUCAUAUCAUUAAAUACACUUUAACGUUUUAAA